CGAGGGCAAAAUGAGCUGGCCGAAGCAUGUGACCCAGCCAGUCAACAGUGUUUGUGCUGUUUUUAAAGCAGCAGUGAUAGUUAUCAACAAAGUAUGGAAUGUUCUACAUGACAGCAUGACUUAACAGAUUAAAACCGGUUAGGUUGAAGACGACAAAGAACUGGUUUAGCAUAUGUACAGAUAGAGGUGCUAAACAAAUGGCGUACAUAACUAAAGACGAAAGGGAGCGUGAUGGUCUUGUGAAACACACCGGAGGUUGCCACUGUGGCGCGGUGCGUUUUGAGGUGUGGAGUGCUCCACAUUUACACGUGUUCAAUUGCAAUUGCAGUAUUUGCACAAAGAAACAAAAUCGCCACUUCAUUGUGCCAAAGUCCCAGUUCACCUUGCUUCAGGGCUCAGACAAUAUAACAACAUAUACAUUUAACACACACAUGGCCAAGCACACAUUCUGCAAAACCUGUGGUGUCCAGAGUUUCUACACUCCACGUUCCAACCCUGAUGGAUUUGGUGUGGCACCUCAUUGUUUGGACCCUGGAACAGUCAAGAGUGUCACUGUAGAAGAUUUCUGUGGGGAGAACUGGGAGGAAAGUAUGCAGAAGCAUCAAACUAUAAGAAGUAUGUCAAAACCAACAACGGACACAUAACUCAUAGUUUCCAUUGUCCAAUUAAUCCCUAAAAUUAAAUUGUACUCUCCUGCAUCUUAAGGCAUUUUCUUCACUAAUAUAUUAAUGACACCAUGAAUCAGACUCAGGGUUUUGUGACUUUUGUUAAAUUCACAUUUAUGGAUAUACACAUUUACAAUAAAUAUUUUUCUUCUAAGAAAAUGGACCACAAAUGCUGAUGACUAAUCUUGUAUACACAGCACAGGUAUAUAUAGAUUUUUUUGAAAUAGCUUUUUAUAGCUGUACAGUCUAGAAUAAAAACAUCAUCUCCCCCAAAUGAAAGAGAUGAAUUCUAGAGAUUUUAAGAUGAAGAGGGGAUCUCUUUGGUAUAUACUACCUGUUUGCUUAAGAAAUGUAUCAACAUGCAUGUCAUAUGACAAAAUGGUAGCAAAAUUGAAUGGAAAUAAUAUAGAUAUUUGGGAGAACUUGAUGAAGAUUGCUGAAUGAUAUUACUACCCAUGUUUGUAAUGAGGGGUCUGAUAUAAAGAAAACUAAUAAAAAUAAAUUAUCUAAAAAAAAAGUGUUCUC